AUGGAAAGGUGGAAAGACAUUCCAUUGUCCAAGGAGGAAGAAGAAGGAGUCACAGUCGAUGUUGAGGAGGAGCAUGGCGGUGACAUAUUCGAACGAACACUGGCAGGAAAGCUGUGGACGGAAAAUAGAUUCAACUCCAAAGCUUUCGUCUCUACAAUGACUGGAGCAUGGAAGCUUAGGAACCCCAUUGAAACACAAGAGCUGAGCACCAAUUUAUUCCUGUUCAGAUUUAGCACGAAGAGGGACCUGGAAAACGUUUUGCGCAAUGGACCUUGGAGCUUUGACAGGUACCUCCUCGUCUUAGACAGGGUCACAGGAGAGGAACAACCUUCCGAUCUCAAAAUGCACUACGGAGAAUUCUGGGUUCGCAUAUACGAACUCCCACUUAUGUUACGAUCUGAGACAAUAGCAAAGAAGAUGGGUAACAUUUUAGGGGAAUAUGUGGAAAUGGAUCAGCGCGAAGCCCAUAGAAAUGGUCGCUUCCUCAGAGUGAAGGCAAAAAUAGACCUCAAACAGCCCCUCAAGCGUGGUACGGUGAUAAGAUUCAAGGAAAAAAAUCUUCGAGUCUACUUCAAAUACGAAAGGCUCCCUACCUUUUGUUUUGUCUGUGGAAGAUUGGGCCACCAAAUCAAGGAUUGUGAAGAGAUAGAAAAUUUGGGGGAAGAAGGAUAUGAAGACCUGGAAGAAAAAGAACUAUCCUAUGGUGCCUGGUUACGUGCUUCUCCGUUACCUAAAGCAGUGGAAGAGCAAAAGAGAAAGGAAUCCAACUCUAGCUCUUGCAGUAAAAGCCUCUUCAGCAUUUCAUCCAGCCACAGCAGAUGUGAUAACAAGAGUAAACUGAAGGAAGGGGAGGAAGGGGAAGAAGGCGAGAUGGAGCAAAAUAAAUCAGGUCAAGUGUCGGGGAGAAAAACCAUAACAGGAAGGGAGAAGGAACAAGAAAAUAGAAGCACAGGACUAGAGAUUGAAGCAGUGGCUGAAUCGCUCGGAGCAGUUGGUAUUUCAAACAAAGAUAUAGCGAAGAAAGCCAACCAUACGUCUUCCCCUACAAAGAAAAAGAAAUGGACAAGAAGACAACCAAACAGGAAGGUGGGAGCCAAGGCAACAAAGAAACAAAUGGCACUUGAAAUGGGCAAACGGCAACUGGUCGAAGUGAUGAUUGUGGAAGGUAACUUGGAGGAAAGGGGUAGUGGUGAGAAGAAAUUUAAAAGUCAAGGCGAGAUCACAACUGAUAUUCCAAAAAUACCAGAGGUGGUGUUGGAUGGCCAACACCGCCUACAACAAUGA